AUGGAGGAGGAAGCUGAAAGUGUAAUUGAAAAGGUGCAAAGCCACUUCAUUCUCAGCAGCAAUAAGCCAUGUGAAGAGGGAAGCUGGAUUCAGUUGUAUGUGCGUGCGGAGAUGGUUCAGUACACAUUGUGUGAAAGUUACCUCUUUACAUUUAUAUAUACGGUUGAAGUAAUUAUUAAGGUGCUUGCCCGAGGCUUUGCUCUACAUACAUUUUCUUACCUCCGGAAUGCCUGGAACUGGUUGGACUUCACUGUAAUCCUAUUGGCGUAUCUGACACUGGCAUUUCCUCAAAUUCCCGGACUAUCUGCAUUAAGAGCAUUUCGAGCUCUAAAGAUGAUUGCUAUUUUACCUGGGCUAAAGACCAUCAUUGGUGCUAUAUUCAAGUCUGCCAGGCUGCUGAUGGAGGUUCUCCUUCUCAUGCUGUUUGUCCUAUUGAUCAUUGCAUUGUUUGGUCUUCAGAUUUUCAAAGGCGUGUUGAAACACAAGUGCAUUAAAAAUCUAGCAAAUGGGAUUAAUAUUACUGAUGAAGAAUGGUACACUUAUAUUCAAAACCAAACUAACUGGCUGGUGACUAAAGAUGUUGACACUAUGGUUUGUGGAAAUGGAACAGGCACUGGGAGGUGUCCCACAAACUUUACAUGUCUCCCUGGCAUAGGACAUAAUCCAAACAAUGGAUAUACAAAUUUUGAUAAUAUUGGAUGGGCAUUAAUCACAGCCUUUCAGCUCAUCACACUCGACUACUGGGAAAACACAUAUAACUUGGUGCUCCGUGCCAGUGGAGCAUAUUACAUUAUAUUCUUCAUCGUCGUUGUCAUGUUCGGCGCUCACUACAUAGUGAACCUGGUGCUGGCGGUAGUGGCGGCCUCCUAUGAAAAGGAAGCGAAGAGAAAGCAAGAAGCAAAGGAAGAAGAAGAAAGGAUUUUGGAAUUGCGACGUAAGAAGGAAAAGAUGCAAAAGAAAAACAGCAAUCUGAAUCCAAGAGAGAAAUUUCGUCUGUAUGGGAAACGAUUAAGCAUGGGUUUCUCUGUGGAGUCUGUAGCAUCAUGGGCAACAGAAAUCUCCCAAUUCAACGAAGAUGGAGAGCGCCAAACAAAAACAACCUCAAAAUGGAAUAUGUUCAAAAGAAGAUUGACUAAAAAGUUUUGCUCCUGGACCUGUUGCCCAGCUUUUCUAAACAUCCAGCAUUAUCUAGUGAUAUUUGUUUCACACUCGCUUUUCGAAGGCGUUAUUACAAUCUGCAUCCUAAUAAAUACUCUUUUGCUGUCGAUAGACUACUAUAAGGCACCUUACUCUAAUGCACUAGAAAAAGGGAACACUGUUUUAUCAAUCAUUUUUGUAAUUGAAGCUAUUUUAAAAAUAACAGCACUGAAUCCUCUACCAUAUGUGCAAAAUGGAUGGAAUGCUUUUGAUUUUAUCAUUGUUCUUCUGAGUUGCUUGGAAUGGGCACUUUCCACAAUAAAUAUUCCAACACUCAAACUCUCUAUGAUACGAUCGCUGAGAAUGCUUAGAGUCUUCAAACUGGCAAAGAACUGGAGAACGCUGAACAUACUGAUCACCAUUAUAUUCAAAUCGAUGAGAGAGAUGGGAAAUUUGACAGUUAUAGUUAUCAUUGUUAUUUAUAUUUUCACUGUAAUCGGAAUGCAGCUUGUUGGACAUGAUUAUGCACAUGCAGUGUUAAACUUGUUCUUGGCUUUGCUGCUUAAUUUUUUUUCUGGAGAUACACUGACAGCAAAUGCAACGGACGAAGAACCCUCUGAAAUGAAACAAAUGUUUAAGAAUGUUUUACUUGUAUUGACAUGUCGAAAAUCACAGAUACCAUUUUCGGGCAAAAUACAGCCAGAGGAUAAAAAUAACUCCUCAGAUGCAGGCAAUGCACCUCUUGCAGAUUGCAGUACAGGUCCACCGAAAUGUACUACCAAUGCAAAUGAUGAGGUAAAAUCUUCAAGCACUGUUGAACCAACAGCUUUGCCAACAUUUUCCCAUGGCCAUGUACUCCCUCCGAUAGGGAAGGUUAAGGGUGAAGUCCCUACUGUUAGUGCGCUUUGUGAUCCAGCAGGAGGUGGCCGGAAGUAUGAAAAUGGAUCAGCUGUUGUGAUGCUGGAGACUUUGGAGGAAGUGCAGCAGGAAAUGGAAACAGAAACCCAAGGAAAAAACAACCCACAGACAUCAAAAUGUGUGAACAGAGAACCUUGCAGUGAAAGUAACAAAAUAAAGGAUGAUAAAGACGUCAUAUCGAUUGAAGAUGAAGCAAACGAGGAGAAAAUUAACAAAAACAAAAUCAUGGACCCCUGCUUCCCAGUUAUUUGCACUGAAAAGUGCAACUGUUGUGAUGCACUUACUGCAACAUUCGUGGGAAAGGUGUUUCUGGCAGUGAGGAAUCUAAUGUUCACAGUGGUGAAUAAUCGUGUGUUUGAUGCAGCCGUCCUUUUUGUUAUACUUCUCAGCACAGUAACACUGACCUUAGAUGAUAAGUAUUCCCGCACUAAUGUGAAGAUCCAGUUAGCACUGCAAAAUCUGGAUUAUUUUUAUACUGUCUUUUUCAACAUGGAAAUGGUUUUUAAGGUAUUAGGUCUCGGCCUAACAAAUUAUUUCACAAACGUCUGGACAUUACUGGAUUUUUUUCUUGUUGUGGUGAGUACAUGCUUUUUUAUUUUGGCCAUGUUAGGAAACAGAAUACAAGCCUUCAAAUCACUGCGAUCCCUCAGGACAUUACGUGCUUUGAGGCCUCUGCGAGCUAUAUCUCGUUGGGAAGGAAUGAGGCUUGUUGUUAAUGCUUUGGUUGCUUCGAUCCCAUCCAUUUCUAAUGUCAUGUUAGUGUGUCUCGUAUUCUGGCUGAUAUUUGGCAUUGUUGGUGUUCAGAUAUUUGGUGGAAUGUUUUUUCGAUGUGUGGAUGAAAAUGAUGAACGCCUUCCCAUUACUAUAAUAAAUAAUCGAUCUGAUUGUGAUGCAUAUAAGGAUAUUGGAUACCAAUGGGUCAACUCCGAGAUUAAUUUUGAUAACAUAUUGACUGCUUACAUGGCUCUUCUGCAGGUGGCGACAUUUGAAGGCUGGUUGGAAAUUAUGGCCAAUGCUGCUGAUACCCGAGGGAUCGACUUUCAGCCUGAAAUGGGAGCAAAUCCUUAUAGUCUCUUCUACUUUGUUGCUUUUAUAGUCAUUGGAACAUUUUUCACUCUGAAUCUUUUCAUUGGUAUAAUUAUUGACAAUUUCAACACCAUGCAUAAAAGGUCACGAAAAGAAGGUGCGUUAGUCACGCUUCUCACUGAAGAUCAGAGAAGAUUUUAUAGCACGUUCAAACGUCUUUCUCAAGCUAAACCAACUAAGAAAAUUCCCGCUCCUAAGAAUAAAAUAUCUUUGCAGUUCUACAAGCUAGUGAGCCAUAAAGGUUUUGAGCCUUGCACCAUUGGCCUGAUAACCUUGAACGUGUUGGUAAUGGCAUGCGAUCAUUAUGGGCAGACAAAAACAUUUGCCACUGUUUUAAAUUGGUUCAACAUUAUCUUCACAGCCUUAUUCACACUUGAAGCAGUUGUAAAACUUUCAGGCCAACGUCUAUACUACUUCACUCAAGCCUGGAAUAUCUUUGAUUUUAUAGUUGUUAUUCUUUCCAUUGCAGGAAUUUUAUUGGACUCCACUGCAUCCAAAAAGCAAGCGGUUUCCCCAACUAUUUUGCGGGUGUUCCGCAUUGUGCGGCUCGCCCGCUUACUGAGGCUGGUGAGGUCCUUGAAGGGGAUUCGAAAGCUCCUCUUCACGUUGGUCAUCUCCAUCCCGGCGCUCUUCAACAUCGGGCUGCUGCUGGGUCUUGUUAUGUUCAUUUACGCCAUCCUGGGAAUGAAUCUGUUCCGCGAUCUAACGCGUGAACCCCCGAUAAACGACAUCGUCAAUUUCGAAACCUUCGGCAACAGUAUGAUGCUCCUGUUCAGGUUAACCACCGCCGCCGCCUGGAAUGAGGUCCUGCAGGUGAUGGUUCACUCCAAGGAACAGCGUCCAUUUGUCGCCAUCAUCUACAUGACAUCGUAUAUACUGUGCGCGAACAUAGUCAUCAUCAACAUGUACGUGGCGGUGAUUCUGGAAAACUUCCACGAAGCCCAAGAGCAGGAAAUCUCCGGAGUGACCGACGAAGACGUGGACAUGUUUUAUGAGGUCUGGAGCAAUUUUGAUCCCAACGCGACACAGUUUAUCACCUACGAGCAGCUGCCUGACUUCUUACACGAGCUGAAGCAUCCUUUGCAGAUCCCAAAGCCCAAUGCAGUCAAAAUAGCUGCUCUCAACUUCCCGUUGGUGGACGGCCACAAGUUGCAUUGCCUGGAUGUCCUCAAAUCUCUCAGCUCUGUGGUGAUUGGUAAUAUAGUGGAGACCGAGCCCUUGAAGAAGCUGAGUGAGAAAACCCUCACUAAAGCAAUGAAAUUGUUUCCAAUUCGAAGUACAAUGCGAACGACAACGACUACUCUCAUGAUACGCAAAGAGAUCAAGGCUGCCCUGACUAUACAGAAAGCUUUCAGGAAGUGGCAAGUGCGUCAAUGCUAUAAGGCAGCCAAAAAGAAACACGAAAGGUCUUACAGCUCCUUAAAAAGAUCGCUGGGUAGCCUGCGGUCCAGCAGACCCAACUCACCUCUGAGAUGA